UAUAAAUGGAUAAGGAAAAUCUGUUUUUCUCCUCCUGGGUUUGCACUAGAAAUAAAAAUAAAUGAAUAGGUUAUAUUCAGUUAUAUCAUAACGAGAAAAAAGUGACUCAUUUUCAUUCACAGUAUUCACACAACAAAUACAUUUGGAAAACAUUCAUGUAUUUGUUGUUCCUGAUCGUACGUCCAGUGAAUAUCAAAAGAAUAUCUCUGCAUCAGGUGUUGGUAAUGUCUAAACGAAAAAUCAAUGAUUUUGCUGGCUUUAAACGGCUUUUGGACGAGGCUAAAAACAUUGUUGUGCUUACUGGAGCAGGGAUAUCUGCGGAAUCUGGAAUUCCAGUUUUCAGGGGAGCUGGAGGCUUAUGGAGAAAAUACAAUGUAGAAAAUUUGGCCACACUACAAGCAUUUCGUAAAAAUCCUGCACUGGUUUGGGAAUUCUACCAUUACAGGAGAAAUGUGGCAUUUAAUGCCCAGCCAAAUAAGGCUCACAUUGCGUUAGCAAAUUUUGAGAACGAUCUGAAAAAUGAUUGCCAAUUUCAUAUUGUAACUCAAAAUAUCGAUGGUUUACAUCAAAGAGCUGGAUCAAAAAAUGUUAUUGAACUUCAUGGGGCCUUACGCCAGAUAAGAUGUACAAAUAGUAAAUGUAAAAAUAUUGAAGAAAAUACAAACAGUCCAAUAUGUGAGGCCUUAAGAGACAGAGGGGAUCCUGCAUGUAAGGAUGAAGAGAUACCUGAAAUAGAUGUUAAUGACCUUCCUAAAUGUUCAAAAUGUGGUAAACUUUCCAGGCCUCAUAUAGUUUGGUUUGGUGAACAUUUAGAUGCAAAAAUAUUGAACAGAACCAGAGAAUUAAUAGAAACUUGUGAUAUAUGUUUAAUAAUUGGUACUUCAUCUGUAGUUUAUCCUGCCGCUAUGUUUGCUCCUCUUGUGGCAGAAAGGGGGAAACCAGUGGCUGAAUUUAAUUUAACAGAAGAACCAGCAAAUGAGGAUUUCAAAUUUCAUUUUCCUGGCCUUUGUGGAACUACUUUGCCUAAAGCUUUGGGAUACGAAAAUAUAUAAAACCAUUUUAACAAUAAAUUAUAGUUUUAUUAUUAACAGUACUAUUCAUCACUUGAGAUUAAUAAAUAUUUGUACAUAGCUUAGAAUUAGUAACUUAUUCUUAAAUAACACAAAUUAACUGCUGUU